AUCCGCAGGAGUGAAAGUAAAACAGACGGAUUUGUAGACACAUGUAAUGCAACACUUUAGGAGAUAACUAUGAAAAUAAUCCUUCUUCACUGCUUUUUGAUUGCAAUACAUGUGAUGAUCUCAGAUGAGCGUUUGAUAGUGUCAGGAUCAAAUCAGUCCAUAUCUGCAUCUGUGGGUGAGGACGUCACUCUGAGCUGCUCUGUGAACUCUCACAUCAAACCUGAAGAAGUUUCAUGGAAGAAAGCGCAAAAAGAUGGAGACAUUCUGGUUCUUCUCUAUCAAAACAACAAAAAUAUAUCAGAAUCACCAGAUGAGCGAUACAGAGACAGAGUUGAGUUCUUCACUGAUGAAAUACACAGAGGAAACUUCUCUCUCAGACUGAAGAGAGUCAGGACUGAAGAUAAAGGAGUUUACAUCUGUCAAGUGUUUACUGGAGAACUAUCAGCAAACACAACUGUGAUACUGGAGAGACUGGGUUUCUCUGGUUUACACAUAAUGGUGUUGAUUCUCUGUAUAACGGCAUGUGGAUCUGCUCUUCUGUUCUGCUCUCUCAUCAACUGUAGAUCAAACAACACGGACUGUUCGUCAAAUUUCCAUAUGUCUCUGCUCUUUUGUCCAAAUAUCAUCAUGUUCUUUGCCUUUGUUUUCUGGGGCGUUUCUGAAGGAUUUCUGAAUGAGACGCUGACUUGCUGUGCUUUGUUUUUUCUACGGCCUCUAAUGUUGCUUUGGUCUGAACCAGAAGUAAAAAACUUUCCAGACAGGAUAAGACAUUUGGCGGGUUACAGCUUUUAUCUAGAAUAUAUUAUUUUCACUGUCAUUGUUUUUUCAGUUCUUUAUAUUUGGAACGUUAGGAAUCAACUCCUGCAUUAUUCAACAUUUGAAAGAAACAUGAUAACAAUCUUGUUUGGGAUAAUGCCUUUCAUGAGUCUCAUCAUUAUUAUUUACAUACUUUCAGUUUAUUAUGAUGUAGCGUUUACUGGAGCGAGACAAAAACAGAGAGAGAUGCCUCGAAUAAAACUCAACAUAAUGGCUUUCAUAAGCUUUCAUAUUCUGCCUCCAUUACAACUCGUCCUUCUGUUUUAUGCAUUCGGUGUUGCCAGAGGAACAUUUCUCAUUGCUGGAGUUUUACCAGUGAUCAUAAUUGUGGCAAGAUUUGACUGGAAUUUUAUGUGUGGGAAAGAUGGACUCAGAUGUCCAGAUUGGAUCAUAAGAACAGUGUGGUUUAUUUUCACAAUACUGAUGAAUUUAUUAUUGGCCUGGUUUUACAUCAGGACACUGGAACUUGAUGAAGAAAAGGCUGGAUGGGCUUGUUUAAUCGUGUUUCUUCAAAUACUAUGGGCUGUUCUUAACUUCAGGCGUUCAUUUAAUCAUUGGGGUGUUAAGAAAAAUGUCUUUGUGUUUGUGGUUGGAUCAGUUGGUGUUGUUUUUAUCAACACUGUUGCACUGAUGACUGAACUGAUACUAAAAACAGUUAAUGGUGAGCGUUCAAUAGGAGAUUUGCGAAUCCCUGUCUUUACAUCUGAAAGUGUCUUUACUCUGUGUCUGUUGAUUCUUCAGAUAUAUGGCAAAUCUGGGGAAUCUGACCAAUCAGAGACUCAGCUACGUCGUAAGCCCUCCUUUACACAACGUUACUACAUCAGAGGACAGACCCACAGCACAGCAGAACCAGCAGAACCAAGCUCUGAAACGAUUGAAUUAAAAGAAAGAGCCUGAAAUCAGACUCAAGUCACAGACUCAAGCUGUGUACUCUGCCCCCUGCUCUUCUCUGUAUAUACAGAGCCUCUGUCAAACAUCUGAAGUUUGAAUGACACCACAGUCACCAGGAUGAUGAUGAAUCUGCAUACAGAAGAGAAGUUGCACAGCUGGCACUCUGGUGCAGUAAAUCAACCUUAAACUGAGAUGACUGUGGAUAUUCAGGCAAUACACCUGCAGCACUCCCCCCAACUUACCAUUUACAACAGUACUGUGGCAAUUGUUGAGUUUUUCAGGUUUUUGUGAACCACUAUCUCACAUGACCUGAAGUGGAAGACCCACACAGACUCUUUUGAUUAUUGGUGCUCCAUGGCCAACCCUUCAGGACUUUGAACUCAUACUGUAGAAACAUACCAUAAAAUGAGAUUAAAUGCACUUUCUCAGGUAUCCAUGUAAACAUUUGGAUUGAAUCAACAAUUUGUAGCUGAUGUGUCAUCUGUUCCUCUGAUUUAUUGUAUUAAUGCAGGUGGAUCUGCAGUUCUGUUCGGCUGCUUGGUUUACAGGACCAGAAUUACAGGACAGUUUGCAUUUACUGUGAUGAAAUUGUGAUUUGUGCCUUAUAAACUGUUUGAGCAAUUGCAUGGAAAUGUGAACCUUACCAAGUUUUAAGGAAAUGUUUUUAACUGUACUGAUAUCUCGGAUGUGAAUAUUUGGUAGCUUAAAUACCAGUGCUAUUUAAAGAUAUUUAAGCAAUUUUUACAUUGUUUUUUUUAUAGUUAGGUAAGUGCAGCUUUUAGAAUUGCUACAUCCAUAGCGUUGUUUCCUCAUCAUAAAUGCACACAAUAUUUGAAGAGUUUUGUUUGCAAAACGAGAUAAUGAUACAAAACAAGUCCCAGGACAAGGACAAGACACACUGGGGCCUUAAAUAGAGAAACUAAACAAGAUAACGAGGGAAGGUCAGGUGAGGAGAAUUAACCAAUAAUGAAUAAUUAACAGGGAAAGGGGUUAAUUAUUCAAGGCCAUGUGCUACUACACAAAACAUGGGUACUGCCACAAUCCUGCCACAUGACCAUGAACAACUAUGACAGACUGGCAGGAUUAUGACACUAUAGGGGCUUAUUUUGCGAUAACAACCUACUGCCUGUACAUUUUCCCACUUAUUACUCUGUAUUUUUAUCUCAUAAGUAAGGUAAAGAACGUUAAAUAUUGUUUUGAAAUGUUUUAUUUGCUCAUUUUCAACAAAUGCAGAU